AUGUCAAACGAGAACGGCGAGCACGCUGCCGCGGCUGCCAACGGUUACCCCGCCAAACCCCACUCAUCCGAGUCGUUCCCGCGGAGUUUCCAGGAAGUGUGCCACGAGCUGAAGGACAAGGUCGACGCUUUCUUAGCGGAUGACCAGAAGACGGAUGUUCUGCGCAACGUCCAAAAGCAGCUGCGCGCGUCAAUGGGUGUCGUUGACGAGGCGUUGGCAAGAUACAGCCUGGAACAGAUUUCAAUCUCAUACAAUGGAGGCAAAGACUGCCUCGUACUCCUAAUCAUACUCCUCGCCGCCCUCGCACGUCGAUACCCCUCUCCUUCGAAAGCCUCCCAAACGAACGGGUCGAACGGCACGACUUCCUUCCCUCCUGAAUUCCAGGCAGUGUACAUCGUAUCGAAGCAUCCAUUCGCCGAAGUUGACGAUUUUGUCGAAACCACGAGCGCCGAAUACCACUUAGACGUAAAACGAUAUGCCAUGACAAUGAAAGAUGGUCUCGAGGCAUACCUAGUAGACAGACCAAACGUAAAAGCCAUUUUCGUGGGGACGAGGAGGACAGACCCCCACGGCGAGAAGUUGACAGAUUUUGACCCUACGGACUCCGGUUGGCCUGCCUUUAUGCGGGUGCAUCCUGUAAUCGAUUGGCAUUAUGGUCAGUUGCCACCAUUGUCAUGA